GUGAGAUAAAGGUUUUCUUUGACCAUGCAGAAAAUGAGGAGGUGAAGGAGACGACCAUGAGGGAGUUAAAGAUGCUCCGCACGCUCAAGCAGGAGAACAUCGUGGAGCUAAAGGAGGCGUUUCGCCGGCGGGGGAAACUCUACCUGGUGUUUGAAUAUGUGGAGAAGAACAUGCUGGAGUUGUUGGAGGACAUGCCAAACGGUGCUUCACCUGAGAAGGUUCGAAACUACAUCUUUCAACUGAUCAAAGCCAUUAAUUGGUGCCACCAGAACGACAUUGUUCACAGAGAUAUCAAACCAGAGAAUCUGCUUAUCAGCUCUGAUGAUGUGCUCAAACUCUGUGACUUUGGUUUUGCACGGGAUCUCUCUGAAGGUACAGAUGCAAACUACACCGAGUAUGUGGCGACCAGAUGGUAUCGUUCACCAGAACUUCUGCUCGGGGCUCCUUAUGGGAAAGCAGUGGACAUGUGGUCAGUGGGAUGUAUACUGGGCGAGUUGAGUGACGGUCAGCCUUUAUUUCCAGGUGAGAGUGAGAUUGACCAGCUCUUCACCAUCCAGAAGGUUCUUGGACCUCUGCCACCAGAGCAGAUGAAGCUCUUCUACAAUAAUCCACGAUUUCACGGCCUACGGUUCCCAUCAGUGAGUCAUCCACAAACACUGGAGAGAAGAUAUCUUGGAAUCAUCAGUCCAGUCAUGCUUGAUCUAAUGAAGAACCUGUUGUUGUUAAACCCAAACGAGCGUUUUCUAACGGAACAGAGCCUGAACCAUCACGCUUUUCAGACCCUACGACUGUCGGAGCGACCCGGCCCGCUUACACCCACACCCAUCCGAUCAUCUAAGAGGAAACCUCUACUUGACAACAGCGCCCCCAACAGGGGUCAUGUUGUGAAGUCUUCAGGUCACCAUCGCACUAACAGCCGAGACUGCUCUAGUCUGCCGCGUCACAGCCACGAAGACCUUCACCCGUCCAACGCGGAGGCUUUCCUCAACGGAUCGGUACCAUCCGCUAACAGCUUGAGUCCGGUUAUGCAUUCCAAAUCCUUUCAACUGCUCAACCGCUCUGCAUCCUGCGGUAAAGACCUGGCUAGUUUGCAGCACGCAAAGGAGGCCAAAUCUAAAGUCGCCGAUUUUGACUUUGGGAAACCCACGGAUGGACCGGGUGCGAAAUACCUGAAAUCGAACACGCCUCGUUCCCAAAAUCGCCAUUCCUUUGUGGAGGGCAAGACUAACACACUAACAGGAGACCGAGAGAAACAGAAUCGUCACGGUUACGGCGAGUCAGCGACAGGGAAAGGGUCGUCCUCCUACCUGAGUCUGUCAAAGAGUCACGGAGCGCUCGCCGACGCAAAGUCCGUGACUAACCUCAGCGACAUGCGCCUCCACCCGGACGAGUCCGCCGGAUCUCCCCGGUACUUCCCCGGCAGCUGCCUGGACCUCAACUUGAACUUGAACCUGCCGACAACGGGCAGCCCUUCACUGCAGCACGGGGAGCGUUCUGCACACAGUCCCGUCGUAGGACGUCGCGGUAAGGGGGAGCGGGAGGGAAGCGCGCCGGAGACGUCCGUCCGACGCUCCUCAUCCCGGCAAAAAAGCCAGCAACAGAACGAGGGCAACCCCGCAGAUUCGCUCGACCCCGGAGGACUUAACCUCGCCUCCUCUCGUGAUUUACCCUACGGCGUGGGCUACACCAGCCCCUUCUCAUCCCAGCAGCGACCCCACAGGCAUUCCAUGUACGUGCGAAGAGAACGAGGUCGACCCCACGGGGGUGAGACGGGCGGAUUAGCAGUAGGUCAGGGAUUGCCCACCAGGGCGAGCAGUUUACAGCUUCUCACCCCUCAGCUACAGCAUCGAACCCUGCCGAGACAGAUGGGCAGCUCCGUCUCACGUGACGCGGGGUUGGAUGACAUCAGGAACGAGCCCACGGCCACAGAGAUCAAUCACACGCGACCCCCAAUCCGGGAGUCCACACGGGACAACACUGCCGCCUUUCACACGGCCCGACAAAAGAGCGAGGGAGGCGUUUAUCACGAACAGAUCACAGAUGACAGCGGAUCGGCCAAAGAAAACCGAAUGAUUUACAGCGACUCUGUCCCACGUCGGGUCGGGAGCUUCUACAGAGUGCCGUCCCCCAGACCUGAUAACUCCAUCCAUGAGAGUUCAGGUGUCACGAUGGAUAACAGCUACAAUAUACACCAACAAACCUAUGACCCCUGGGCGGCAUCUGAGGCACGGGACAGGAGCUCACCUGAACCAACCAAAGAGAAAGAGAAACAGGGUUUCUUCAGAUCCAUGAAGAAGAAGAAAAAGAAGUCACAGACUACAGAUGCUGGUGAAGAAGGAGGUCCAGUCAUGAGGAAACCUCUUUUUCCUCUUUUCUCCUCUCAGAGGAGCUUCACACGGAGCUCUUCUGACAGGUUUCGUCCUUUAGUGGCCACACCAAUGGUGCCGAGCGAGGGGCCGGAUCAGGUGCUGAUGCAGAAAUCACUGCGGUCACACGGGCAUCAGGGCAGCAGACAUCGCACUCGCAGCCGAGAACGCAGCCGUGACCGAGAACGUGAGCAAGAGAUGGACAGAGAGAGAGAUGCUGAUUGGCCGACGGAGAGAUUACCUGACACCCAUUCCCAGCCUUUGAAGUCUUUGCGGAAACUUCUUCAUCUCACCUCGUCGUCCUCCACCAACCAGACCUCGUCAGAUCUGCAUUACUCUCAGUCCUCCUCUAAAGGUGGGAGUUUUGUGGACCCUCGUGGCCUCUCCAGCUCUGUGCAAGUGAAAAGCCGUCAGGCUGCGUAUCCGGGACCGAUGGAGUCCAGCUGGCACUCCGCCGCUCUGGGUCGACCUGAGGGAAACCCGUACGCCGACCAGUUGACCUCUAAAUCCGGCCCAAACGCCUUCAGUCGCCAUUUCCGUUCACGAUUGCCAAACCUGAACGACCUUAAAGAGACAGCGCUUUAGUGAGCGCCCCCGAAUGGACCUUUCAUCUCGUAUAUUAAGGGUAGGCCUAAACGUCUCGAUCUUUAUCUUUUUUUUUUGUAGUUUUUUAUUUGAUAGCACUUAUAUUAUAUAUUAUUUAUGUAUUUUUUGUCAUGGGAUAACUUACAGAAGAUGAUAUAUAUCUAUAUGUAAAUGUAUAGCACUGUAUGUGCAGGCUUUAGUUUAUACUUCUACUGUAGUAUAUAUUAUCUGCAUAGUAACUCUCUUAUAUUUGCCUAAAGAAGUUGAAUGAUUGAUGUAUAGACGACAGUAUUUACAUUUCUUUUAUAGUUCUAGAAUAAGACUAGAGGAUAUAUUAUAACUUUGUCUUUUUUUGAGUAAUUUCUGUUUACAGUUCAGUGAAAUAUUAAGAUAUAAAGAAUAACAGGAGCUUGUGGUAAGUUUGUGUGCGUGAUUGUGUGUAUGUGUGUUGCCCAGAUAGUGCACGUAUUGUCAAGAUGUCAUAUAUGUGUCUGUGAACAUCUCAAAAUGAACAUCUUGACAGAAGUGCACAUGAUGAAAACAUCUCGAAACGUCCGUGCACUCUCUGGGUUUUGUGUGGGUCUUUAAAAACCACAUCCAGUGAAAAGCCUUUUAAAGGAAAACUAAAGCAAAAACAUCUACCCGUACCAAAUCUGACCAAAUUGUAUGACAUGGUGUGGCUCCACCUGCUGGCCAUCCAUAUCCACUGCAAAAAACUUUUGAUCAAAGGAUAUUAAAGAUAAAGUUUUUUAUUUUUGAAGCAAGAUUUCUUUCUAUUAAAUCUAUCAGCGUCUCUCCCUCAGGUCUCGAGUUCUUUGAACACAAUUUUACAUGCAAUAUCUGAAUAUCAGAUGCAGAUUUAGAUUGUUCAAUGUUUUUGUUUAGGGAAAUAGAGCCAGUGUGUGUACUUAAGGAAAAGAAAUAACGUUUUAUCAUCGAUUUUAUGCAAUAUGUAAUUUCACAUUUACCAGAUGUUCCUUUGAAAUAAAACAGCAGGUUUCUAGAGGAGUCGUGUGUCCUCAUACAUGUACUGUAUGUGGUUAAUAAUGCAUAUAUGUCAGUCAGGUACCAGAGAUGUCAAACAGCAGAAUUUACUGAAAUAUCAGGUCCUCAGUUAUGUGUUAGUGAUAUAUGCAUCCAAUUAUUCUGAAAUAUAAUAAAGUCCUGAAACCCUUA